AUGGUGCAUCCAACGGUUCUCUACCUGAUACUCAGUCUCGUGCUGCUUGUGCUUGCAGUAGUCGUCCACAUCCGCAGCUCCAACCUCUCCGUCGCCAUCUCGCCGACACUUUCAAUCAUCACCAUCUUCCUCCCGAUCGUCGGAUUCCUCAAUACUUCUCUCUAUCCCAGUUUCAGUCGUGCUACUAAAUCGUCUUCCAAUCGCGUAGCACAACUUGGUCCCUUUAUUGUCCAGGUCCUGCAAGCUCUCAUCGCCACCAUCCUCGCAACAUUACUCCUCGAGCGGGCCGCUCCCUCAAGGCUGACAAGUUGUAUACUUGAAAAACAAUGGAUGGGUAUGUUUCGUGCACAUGAUGCUAGUGGUAUACGCAGGAUCCAGGAUGCAUUUGAUUGCUGUGGGUUUAACUCGGUCCGAGACCGGGCCUAUCCGUUUCCUGGUACAGCGGCGAGUACUUGUGCCGAAACAUACGGGAGAAGAACCUCAUGUCGAGAGCCUUGGCAGGGAGCUUUACAGACAUUGUCAAUGCUAGACCUCGUCGUAGUUGUGGGAGUUGGACUGGUACAGGUUCUCGGACUCCUUUUCAGCAAAAAUGGUUCACAGUGGAUGGGCUCCUGGGAGAAUAAUGACCACAGACAAACAAGUCAGCAUCGUGAAAGCCGUCGGCCGCUACUCAUUGAUAGAGAGCGAGAUAUCGUAGAGGAAGAAGAAGGUGCCAUUGAACGGCCAGAGAGAGAAUCGCAGGGUUAUGGAGGUGUAAAUGAAAACGAAUCGGGCCCUAGAGUCGUACCAUCGGCGGUUGCAGAGCGGAACAAUUGGGUGGAGGAUUGA